UCUUCUUCUUUUUUAUUUUUUAUUUUUUGCCACUUAAACAUAAUUUGUAGGUUAAGUUGACUGAAGCUCUUCUGUGCUUGCCUCCUAUUGGUUUGGCACUCUCGAACAUGGCCCCUUUCUUGGGCUUGGAUGAGAUGGGCGUUUCCCAUGCAGAAAACACUACUAUAUGUACUGAUGCUGUUGCUGGGACUAGUAGUCAUAGCUCAUGCCAUUCUGGGGUUCAAGGAAAGGCCUGUACCGAUAAUAAGAAGUGGAAGGCUUCAAACUUCUGCGCAUCAUUUAUUAGAAUCGGCUCGUGGAAGGUUGUUGCUAAACGUGAAGGUGCUUUGGUGGCAAAGUGUUACUAUGCAAAGAAAAAGAUGGUGUGGGAAAUUUUGAAGGAUAGUUUGAAGAGUAAGAUUGAAAUACAGUGGUCUGAAGUUCUUGCAAUUAGAGCUUCAAUGGUGGAAGGUCAGCCAGGAAUUCUUGAAGUUGAGCUCAAUAGUCCACCUGCAUUCUAUAUAGAAGCUACUCCAAGGCCGAGGAAACAUACUCUUUGGAAAAAUAGUUCAGAUUUCACUGAUGGUCAAGCUCUAAUUCACAGGAGGCACUAUCUUGAAUUUCCUCCAGGUGCCCUUGACAAACACUAUGAGAAACUCCUUCAAUGCGACAGCCGGAUGUUAAUGUUGAGCAUGAGACCAUUCCCAAGUCUGAGGUCUCCUUUCUUCCACUCAGAAGAUCAUUUCUACAAUGGGACAAGAGAAUUUUCUUUGGAUUUCAAUAGAGAUAGGCCAAAUACCAGCUCCAGUAAUUCGCAGUCGGCCUUCUCGAAUAUUGUCCCUACUCCAUUGGUUGACAUGCAACAAGUUCAAGCUUAUGAACAAACCAACCAACCAUGCUUUAGUAUCAAUGAUCCAACAGGGAUGGUUAUGGAUUACCGUCUGCAUUUAGAUGAGAUUAUUAGAAACCAAGGAGCAGAAAAUCCAAUGACGGGAAUGAUCUGGGGUCAAGGAAUGAUCCAUUCUGCAAAUAUCCUGGGAAGAGAUCAGAUUCAGAAACCAUUUUCAAUAUUAGCUACAUCAUCAGAUCAUUUGAGAGAUCAGAUUCAAGAUCCGUACAUAAAUAUUCCUUUAGAAAUCCAAAUGAAUCCAGCCAUACCUUUUCAAAACUAUAAUCAAAACUACACUGGAUCGGCUCCUAAUUAUGCUGAUGAGCAAGUGGGGAGGUUUAGUUCAGAAUCUCAAAGACACGAUCUGAAUGGAAUUUUAAACCAACUGAAUCCGAGUGACGUCGAACUUCUUCAGUGCAGUGAUGAUCAUGAUCUGAACAGGUACAUAUUACAGAAGUCCAUUUUCAAACAAAAGGAUGGAUGCAACUGAUGAUGAUUUUGCAGAUCGAUUAUUAAAGAAUACGAAAAAUUGAUACAUCAACAACGUUAAUCCCCAACAAGGCCGCAUGCAUGCAAGCUGCCUCCAAAGGCUCACUACAAGCUGCAGAAGGAGAUUAAUCCCCAACAUUGUCUUCCAGCAAUCUUGGUUUGGCUCUCGUGUUGACAUGACCAGGUUUUACAACUUCAACUUAAUUAUGUAUAGCUUCGAUCGGAUUAAUGCGCAUGCUUUGCGUGGAUUAAUCAUUAAUGUUGGGGACGCAUUUCGUAUUUAGAUAUUUGAGUUGCAAUUUAUUUAGAAAUAUCAAUUUGUCAUGAGUUGCUGAUGGCUGCUGGGGAUUUUAAUGGAACCCGCGAUAGCAGGCCAGCUUGGUUAGCUUAAAGAGGAUUAAUUGAUACUCAA